CUUUGUGCUACAGUUGUGUAUCGGUUUCUACCGAGAAUUGUCCUUGAAAUUAAUCAAAAUUCCUAGGAAAUCAUGGGACUUUUUCAAACAAAAGACGCAAUUAGAUUUUGAUAACGGAUAAUAACAAAUGAAUAAUAACAAUUCAGUUUCAUCAUCGGCAUUGAAUAUAAGGAUCCAAAUGAUUAAUCAACGUUGCAAUUACAUUGAUAAUUUUCAUAGGCCAAAACAAAUUGUGUUCAUGAUUACCCAAACAAGUGCAUGUAAUGUUAUCCAUUAAAAGAGGUGAUACUGUGUUCAUCAAAAAAAAAGUACAAGAAGAAUAGAAGAGCAGCGAACUUGACUUUAAGAUACAAUAUCCAAAUAAUAAUCGUUUAUAUAAUGACUAAUAUAACCGAUUUUGCUGAUUGUGAUUUUUUAUUACCGAUUGAUAAUGAUAGAAUUUAUUUAAAAGAUUAUCGAUCAUAUUGGACAUUGGAACCAGUUAUGUCUUCAAUGUGUUGGCCAUCUAAUGGUGAGCAACCACCUUUUUUUUCCAUUUCUUCAAUAUCACCGAAUUUUUUCGAUCGACGACAAUCACAAAUUAUUACAGAUUAUGAUGGCUGUAAUUCCGAAAUGCUCAAUGCGGAUAAGUAUCUUUUGUAUCAAAACCCUGAACCGAUGAUCUCAAUGAAUGAUGGCGAUGUUUUAAAUAUUGAAAAUGUGAAGAAAGAAUAUUUAUUUGAUUCAUGUGAUGACGCUAAUCAUUCUAAUUACAAAUGGGAAUUGGAUGAUUUUGAAGAAAAAUUUUCGACACAGACUUUAAAUUCAGUAUUCUAUUCCAAUUUUGAUGAUGAUGGAAAUGUACACAAUUUAAUUACAGAUGACCAACAAUUAUUUAUUGCCACCAUCCCGGACCAUAAUAAUGGUUGUCAAAUGGCGGUCCUUCAUCAACAACAAAAUGUGCAAAGUCCAGUUAUGAUCAAACGUGAGUCAUCACCGAUGUUUGAGGCUGAAGUUAAUGAUGAACCAAUGAUUACAAAGCGAGAAUUGGAAACGAUUUCGCCACAACCAUUGCAAAAUGAUUAUGAUGAUGAUCAUGAAAUGGUGAAAUUGAGUGAAAUUGCUGAUGAACAUAUAAAAAUUAAACCAAGGAAAGCUCAUGGUCGAAAAUCAAAAUCAAUGACUGUUUUGUCCAAUAACAUUAUUGAUGAUCAGCAAAACCCGGAAUCGUUGAAGCCAUUAUUGGCCAAACAAAAAAGCCUGUUGUUUCCACUUAAACUUUGGAAUCUGACCAAUUCUUCAUUAUUUAAAGCUAUUAAUUGGUCGAAAAAUGGCCGUGAAAUUCGGAUUAACAUCAAGAAAUUGACACCAUUCCUGACACAAAUCACUCGUUCCAAUAAAUUUGAAUCAUUUCUUCGACAAUUGCAUCUAUAUGGAUUUCGAAAAAUGGACAAUUUUAAUCUGAAAAAGCGUAAAUUUGAUCGCAACAUUGUUCGCUAUUUUCGAAGAGGAUUUAAUCGUUUUGUCCGUAAUGCAGAUGAAAUUGACAAAAUUUUCUUACGCAAAUAACUUAUUGACCAAUUUUUUUCUUUGCUCAAUCAUCUUAUAACCAUAUCAUUGUAUUUCUUUUUCAUUAAUGGAUCUUAUAUAUCACUGUUUUGUUUCUACAUUCGAUUCUAUUUUGUCAUUUUAUACUUUGA